AUGGGCAAGAAAGUCUUGUGCGGUUAUGGCAUCGAUCUGGAUGCUGUUAGCUCAUGGAUCAACACGUCUGGCAAAGGCCGCGCAGAUGCCACCGAUGUUUCUCGAGGCAUCUUUGGUGCAACAGUCGGCCUGGACCGCGUCCUGAAAAUGCUUCAGAAGUACAAUAUCAAAGCUACAUUCUUCGUUCCCGGGCACACCAUGGAUUCGUUCCCGAGCCAGGUCGCCAAGGUCCACGAGCAAGGUCAUGAGAUCGGCCUUCACGGCUAUACGCACGAAUACGUUUCUGGCCUGUCCGAAGAACAGGAGCGUGCUGUAUUGCAGAAGAGUAUCGAGGCGGCCACCAGAAUAACCGGCAAGCCUCCGCAUGGUUGGACUGCGCCGGCGUGGACGACGUCUCCCAACACAGUCAAGAUCCUCGAGGAGAGUAGUAUUAUGUACGACCACUCCUUCAUGCACCACGAUAGCCAGCCCUAUUACCUGCCGUACAACCCAGACUAUAUCGAGACCGACUACAGCAAAAAGGCCGAGGAGUGGAUGCGCCCCAUGUCUGCGCUGAAGGACUCGAGCAUUAUUGAGAUUCCCGCAAACUGGCACUUGGACGACUGGCCUCCCCUCAACAUCGGCCAGGGGAUUGGCAGUGGUUUCAUCGACCCGGACGUGGUCUUCAAGAUCUGGAAGGCACAGUUCGACUUCUUCUAUCGAGAUUAUGAUUCAUUCAUCUUCCCCAUUAGCAUUCACCCCCAAGUCUCCGGCAAGGCCCACGUGCAGCUGCUGCAAGAGGGGAUGAUCAACUACAUCAACACCCACCCCGGGGUCGAGUGGGUUCCACUUGGGGAGAUGGCAGAACAGUUCAAGAGUGGGAAGUUGCCCGGUCAUGCUGUACAAGGAGGAGCGUCUUAA